CCCUUUUACCGAACCCCCAACCCCCUCGCUUUCUCUCUCAUUUCAGCCCUUAUUUUUCUCUCUCUAAAAUCCCCUCUCUCUCUCUACCCCCAAUGGAACCCUGGUCGUUCGAUCCACCGCCACCGCCACCGCCACCGCCACCGCUACCGCUGGCGGUAGAACCACCAGUCCACAUAGCUCACGCCGCCAACCCCACUCCCCCCCUUGCCCCAAACAACAUCCAUAGCCACCCACCUUACGCCGAGAUGAUAACAGCUGCGAUAACGGCGUUAAAGGAGAAGAACGGGUCGAGCAGGCAGGCCAUAGCGAAGUACAUCGAGAAGGCUUACACGAACCUCCCAUCGACUCACUCGGCCUUGUUGACUCACCAUCUCAAGCGAUUGAAGAACAACGGACACCUAGUUAUGGUCAAGUACUCUUACAUGCUUCCUAGAUCUGUUCCUAUUUCAUCAUCUCCUCCUCCUCCCCCUCCUCCUACUACUACUGCUACUACUACCACUGUUACUGCUAACGGCAAUGACUCUUCUCCUGGGCCCAGAAGAGGGCCUGGUCGUCCUCCCAAGCCCAAGUUUUUGGCCCAGUCCAAUCCUGUUGUUGUUGGGUCGGAACCUCUGUUGGUGUUUUCCGGGGUUGUUGAUGGGCCUAAAAAGGGCCCAGGGAGGCCGCCUAGGCUGAAUAGUGGAGUGGAGGAGUUUGGUGGGCCUGUGGUGGGUAAGAGGGGCCGUGGACGGCCUCCGAGGCCCAAAUCGAUGUCUGUUUUGAUGGGCCAGAAUGGCCUGAACAAGGGACGUGGGCGCCCACCUAGAGCUCGGCCCAUUGGGCCGGCUGGGUUGCCACGGCUGAAGAAGGCUGUUUCCGGAAUGAAGGCGUCCGGCCGGCCACGUGGGCGGCCGCCGAAGAACGCGGUGGCUGGUGCGGUGGGUGGUGGUGGAUCGUUGGUUGCCGCCGUUGGUGGUGGAGUGUUGCCAGGGAAGCGGCGGGGUCGACCGCCUAAGGCUGGUGGUGCGGUUAAGAAGCCCAGAAAACUUUCUGGGAAACCUUUGGGCCGGCCCAAGAAGAAUGGAUCAAUGACUGCAAUUCAACAAUCGGUGGCAUAUGAAGAUCUCAAGAACAAAAUUGCACAUUUUCAAUUGAGAGUCAAGCAGGCCAUCAGCAUGGUGAAGCCACACUUAAACAAUGAAACUGCUGUGAGUGCAAUCGCGGCAUUGCAAGAGUUGGAAGAACUAGCAACUAUGGAUAUGAACGCACCACUGAAUGUUCAAGUUCAAGUUCAACUGCAAGAACCGCUUCACCAGUAUUGACAACAAUUGCAGCAAGGACCAAUAACUGCACAGCUUGUUUCGUUUUGAGGACUGACAUUUGGGAGGAGUGCUUGCAAGGAUCUGUGGAGGGAGCGACAAAGUGCGUUGAAAAGCUAGAUGUGAUUGAUUGAUGGUGGAGGUGAAAAUUGAAUGUGGUGUUUGGGCAACUUUCCUGCCGGCCAAGAAUUUGUAAUUUGUAUUUAUAGUUUUAUGCUUUUAUCUGAGUAGGAAUAUUUGAAUACAUUUGAAGUAGCCUUGAAUCAUAUUUCGUGUUUGUGCUAAUAUGGGUUUUACCCAUACUUUUCAAAUGUGGAAAUUAGUUUCAGCUGAAUUCAUUACUUUUAACUGAAUCUGGGUGAAAUUUUAGCUGGAGAUUUG